AUGGCCGCCAUCCCCAGCCAAGCACGUUCAAAGACCCUCCGGGCGUGCCUUCUAUGCUCAGUCAUCCAAGCGCCGAUCGACUUCAAGAAGAAUGGGUGCCCGAACUGUGAGGAGGUACUCCAGAUGAAGAAUAGUCCAGAUCGAAUCGCGUCAUGCACGACCACCCAGUUUGACGGUGUCAUUGCGGUCGUCGACCCCGACAAUAGCUGGGUUGCACGGUGGCAGCGCACUGCUAAAUAUGUUCGAGGCAUGUACGCCGUCCGGGUAACCGGUCGCAUACCUGAAGAAGUGGAAGACGAGCUCACAAGUCGAGGCAUCAAAUACCGCCCGAGAGACCAGAACGACCAAGACUAA